AUGGACGAUUCACGGCCGAUUGUGGUGGACAACGGCACAGGGUUUGUCAAAGUAGGGUACGCCGGCUCGAAUUUCCCCGACCAUGUCUUCCCCUCGAUUGUCGGACGCCCGAUUCUGCGCACCGAGGAGCGCGACGCCAUCUCGGAGCAAGGUGUGCAGAUCAAGGACAUAAUGGUCGGCGACGAGGCAGAAGCGGUGCGCACUCAUCUGCAGGUUACGCAGCCGAUGGAGCAUGGUAUUGUGCGUGACUUUGAAGAUAUGCGCCAUGUGUGGAACUACACGUUUGACGAAAAGUUGCGCGUCGACCCAAGAGGACGCAAGGUUUUGCUCACUGAGCCGCCGAUGAAUCCUAAAAAUAACCGCGCAGAAAUGUGCCGGAUCAUGUUUGAAGAGUACGGGUUCGAUGGUGUCUAUGUCGCGAUCCAGGCAGUGCUUACGCUGUACGCCCAGGGUCUGCAGACGGGUGUCGUUGUGGACAGUGGCGACGGCGUUACGCACAUUGUGCCUGUCUAUGAGGGGUACGCAAUGCCUCACCUUACGCGCCGCCUUGAUAUUGCAGGGCGCGACGUGACGCGGCACCUGAUCAAGCUGCUGCUCUUGCGUGGGUAUGCAUUUAACCGUACUGCAGACUUUGAGACGGUGCGGCAGAUCAAGGAGAAAUUGUGCUAUGUGAGCUAUGAUCUCGACUUGGACAAGCGGCUUGCCAAUGACACGACUGUGCUGGUUGAGUCCUAUACGCUUCCGGACGGCCGUGUGAUCAAGGUGGGGUCGGAACGAUUCGAGGCACCCGAGUGCCUCUUCCAGCCGCACUUGGUUGGGCUGGAGCAGCCCGGAGUGUCCGAGAUGCUCUUUCAGACCAUCCAGCAGGCUGCAGUUGAUGUGCGUCCCGAGCUGUACAAGCACAUCGUGCUCUCGGGUGGCUCGAGUAUGUACCCUGGCCUGCCGAGCCGCUUGGAGAAGGAAAUGAAGCAAUUGUACCUCUCACGUGUCCUGCAAGGGGAUGGUGCGCGUUUGAAAAACUUCAAGAUCCGGAUUGAGGACCCGCCUAGGCGAAAGCAUAUGGUGUUUUUGGGCGGUGCUGUCCUUGCGGAUAUUAUGAAAUCGCGCGACGCAUUCUGGAUCAGCCGCGAAGAGUGGUUCGAGCAAGGCGCGCGUGCUUUGGACAGACUCGGACGGAAUGCAUAG